GGGAAGAUAUUAUAUGCAAAUAUUGGCCUUGGGCUCUACGUGUUACAUCGGAAGAAAAUCAAAAUGCGCUAAGAAAUAUUGCACCAGCACUGUCUAUAAUGCAUGGGAAAUCACACAGUUGAAGUUAUUUGGAGCGGAAGAUGGCAAAGUGGUGCGGCAGCAACUGCUGGCGAAGAAGUUGAGCAAAUAAAUUCGUAUUUGUCAAGACUUGGCUCGACUACUAAAAAUAUGACGGCCUCCGGACGAGAAGAAUGCAUUACUGAACACCUUCUGAGUUGGAACAAGCGAAAAAUUUUAAACUUGGCAAAAUCACUUGUUAUUCGAAUGAAAAAGACCGAAAGGAAACUUUCAUCUGCCAGGGACGAUUUUGUAAAGUUAAGAAGCGAACUUAAUGUCCAGGAUUCUGACUUGGACGACUCGAUAAUGCAGUGGAAAGAAGAAGUUCAACAAUUUGCGAGAGAUAUACCUCUGUUAUAACAUUGUUUACUUUCAAAUAUUUUUAGAAACAUGGUUUAGUAUUGAACAGUUCUGUACUUAUGGUUGAUUUUUGUUCAAACAUCAUUUAAAACGAAACUAUAUGAAAUAAUUCUUGGCCUGGCUCAAAUUUUUAUGUUUGGCAAUUGUUAUUUUUAACAAUUCAUUUUACCCCCGGAAAAUAUAUAGCUAUACAGUAUUGUAUGGAGUGCUUAGUAAUUACGUAGAUAAAUUAAUAUUUUUUAUUGUUUCUCUAGAACAACAAAUUGAAGUUUCUUCGUUGAAAGGUGCCGCCGAAGAGUUCUUCCUUUUGCAUCAAACUGUUGAAAAUGCUCAACAUUUGGAGAAUUUUGUAAGAGCCAACGAUGAUCAAACGCAGACAUUGGGUGAUAGGCUUUUCGUUCAUGACGCUCAAAACAAAGUGAAACAACAUGAACGAAAUGCAACAAGAUUGCUGGAAUUGAAAAGACAGCUUUUAGAUGGACAUGUGACAGAGGAGCAGCUUCUUGAGCAAGGAAAGUCGCAGCUGGCAAAAAUCACAGUAGCAAAGCUGCAGAAGAGAUUAGAAAUGUUGUAUUUUUCAGUCACUAGACGCACAAAAGAAAUAACUUCUCUUGCUGAUUCUAGCAAACGAAGAUCUUCGAUGAGAAGGAAAUGCGCUAAAGAGAAGUCCGAAAUAACAUCUACCGUAGAAAAGUUAAAUUGCCUCUCAAGUCUGUGUGGUCUUCCUACGACAAGUGCGGAAGAAGUCAUGUCUGGAGAUUUUGUUUGGUCGUUUAACCAGUGUAACAUAGAUAGUACGACUUCACAUGGUGUGUAAAAGAAAAUCAAAUAUAGUUCUAUGUAUAUUGUGACGUC